AUGAGUUCCAUGCAGUUUUUUACUUUAUUUAUAAUUAUUAUUAUUAAUUGUUCGGCUGGUCCACUUGAUGAUAUUGCAAACAUGCCUGAUUUAACAUUGUUUCAUCAACAAUUAAUCCGUCAACAAGACAUACAAAUGUUAUUACAAAAUAUUUAUCCUCAACAGCAAUUGGGUGGUAUGAAUGAUUUUACAAUAUUUGCACCAAAUAAUGAGGCUAUGUCUCACCUUAGUGGGAAAAUUGAAGAUCCAAAUUUACUUUGGAAGUAUCACAUUGUACCGGGACGCUACGAUGAUCAAACAUUGUAUAAUAUGGCACAAACAAAAUUAAAUGAAGCUAAUCCAAGACAAAUGAUUGAUUUGCGAGCACAAAAUAAUUUACCAACAAUAGCAUUACCAUUUCAAGUUUUCUAUGGCCUUGGAUUUUAUGGUGGAAUAGGUGCACAUGUAAAUGAUAGUUAUGAUAAUGCAGGCUAUGGUCAAGGUGGAAUAUCUUGGCUAACACAUACAUCGUUAAAUCGAACAAAUUUCUUAGAUAAUGAUCUUGCACUGAAACCAAAUUUUGGAAAUAAUUAUAAUCAAAAGCAAAAUUAUUUUUCUCCUCAAAGUAGUUUUGUGCCGAAUAAUCAAAAUUUAUUUCCACCUAAUUUAACAAAUUUUUAUGGAAAUCCUAUGAAUCCUCCAAAUACUAAUGGACAAUACAUACAAAAUCCUACAAUGCCAAAUAUGAAUUAUAAUUCAUAUUUUAAACAAGCUAAUUUUGCACCCAUGGGACCCGGUGCGAAUAUUGGAUUAUUACGUCCUACCAUUAACAAUGCAUUUAUAUUAAGCACACGUCCAAUGAGUCGAGGUAUUAUUCACGUGAUAGAUCAUAUUCUAUGGCCACCUGAACGACGUGAUCAAACUCAGUAUAAAACAGCUUAUGAUGCACUUGAAGAUAGACAAUUUUCACGCCUGCGACAAUUAGCUGACCGCAGCGACUUUUUUCGAUCUGAACUACGUUCAAUGCAUCAUCAAACAUGGUUUCUACCAAAUGAUCAAGCAUUCGCAAGUAUGGGUUCAAGUUUAAGUUUUCUAUUUGAUCAAUUCUACACGAAUAAUACGAACGAUAUAAAUGAAUUUAUCAGAACACAUGUAAGUCCAUUAGUACUAUUCCCAAGCUCAAUGGAUUCAACUAAGAAAAUAACAACAUUGACUGAAAAUAAAUGGAUUACAUUUCGUAAAAUAGUGCAACCGGAUCAUUCAUUUCAAGUUGAUGUUAUUUGUGGUCGAUAUGUAGCUCGUAUUUUAAUUAGUCGUUCAGAAGAGAUUCGCCUAUAUGGUAACGGUGUUGUCUAUCCAAUUUCAACGAUUCUUACUAGUCAAACUCGAUCAGCAGCAGAUGAAUUGUCGCAAAGCUAUCAAUAUUUUAUGAAUCUUGUUCAACAAUCUGGCGAUCCCGAAUUAAUGAGUAUACUACAAGGAACAACAAAUAUGAACAUGUUCAAUCCACAGGGUUCACUCAAUAUAACGAUACUUAUACCGCAACAAAUAUCUAUUCAACAGUUGGGAAAUUCACAAGAGCUUAGUAUGCAUUUACGUCGACAUAUAUUACGAUUGGCAGUUUAUACAGAUGAAUCGAUGGUUGCACCAGCAACGUCGAAUUCAUUCGAUCAGCAAAAUGCGUAUCAAACCUGGCAACAACAACAACCGUUAAUGCCUCAACAACAGCAACCGUUAAUGCCUCAACAACAACAACCGUUAAUGCCUCAACAACAACAACCGUUCAUGCAUCAACAGCAGCAACCAAUAAUGCCGCAACAACAACAACCGUUCAUGCAUCAACAGCAGCAACCAAUAAUGCCGCAACAACAGCAACCAUUUAUGCCUCAGCAGCAACAGCCAUUUAUGCCGGUCGGUUUUAAUCAACAACAAUUUCAGAUGCCCCUGUUUCAACGAACUGGUUCUCGAUCUGACAAAAAAGAAUCAAGACGUCGUAGACAAAUGAAUAUUCCAUCAGGUACGAACUUUCAAUCACAACAAUUUCCUCAACAACAACGAUUACCCAACCAGCAGAUGCAACCUAUUCAACAACAGCAAAUGAUUCCUGUUCAACAACAAAUGAUGCCUGUUCAACAACAACAACAACAGCAACAAACAUUUCAUAAUCAACAACAGCAACAAAUAUUUCCUAAUCAACAACAGCAAAUACUUCCCAUUCAGCAACAGCAACAACCAAUGUUACCUACCCAAAAGCAACAAUUCAAUCCUCCUAACUAUUAUCCAACACCAUCGUACCCUUCCUCAACGAUUUUUCAACACGGUCAGGUCUAUCCGACAAUGGAUCCACAAUUUUCUGUCCAAGCACAAAUAUCAACUGGUGCAAAUGGAAAUAUUGUAUCCCUUGUCGGUCGAACAACAAAUUCUUUGCCAUUUACAGCAACUAUUCUUAAUAGUGAAUCAAAUAUUCGAGUUAAAAAUGGAGUGAUGCAUGUUGUUCACGGUAUUGUAUCUGGAAUGAUGGUUCCACUCGAAGGAAUUCUUACAUCGAUACAAGGAACAAGUGGAUUUGCACAAUUACUUCAACAAACACGUGUUAUUGAACAAUUGAAACAAUCGGGUCUUCCUUAUACACUAUUUAUUCCAACUAAUGCAGCAUUACAAUCUAUUGGUUCAACAACGAAUGUGAAUCAAUUAAGACAAUUUGUUCUACGUCAUAUAUGUGCUGAUAUUCUUCUUGACCCAAUGAGUAAUGUAUUACGUCGUUCAGGCGGGUUUUAUAAUCGUAAUCAAAAUAUCAAAAUAAAACCGCAACGUACUCGUCGAAGACGACAAGAUUGGACGGCUAGUCAACGAAAUCAGACAAAUACGAUGAUGAUGAUGAAUAGACAAGGUUUACAACAGUCAUCGGGGCUUGGCGGCUCGGGCUAUUAUCAACCACAACAGCAAACCUAUGGAAAUUAUCCAGCUGCUGCGCCAUCAUUCGGUUCUAAUAAUAAUCCAAUGUAUAAUCCCGGCUAUGCGAUGAAUGGUUAUGCAUCACAGAAGCCCGAAGUUUUUCCAGGUUAUUAUCGAACUUAUUCAGCUAAUAAAAAUUUUAAUUAUAAUCAUUUAGCAAUGGUAAAUCAACCAAUAUCGAAUCCUCCCUGGAAUACAACGAAAAAGAUUCUUUUGAGUCCACAAGUUAAUAGUCUACAAAGGAAUGGGCCACAAAAUAGCUACGUAAAUCCAAAUGUUUAUGCUGGUGGACCGACUUAUGCAAGUGGACCACAAUCUUGUAUUGCAAUGACUGGCGACCGAAUUACGGUUCAAUCAUUAGCUGGUACUCUAGCAGAAGUUAAUCCUCCAAGUAUGUCAUAUCAAAAUUACAUUGUAACAUGUUGUGGUGAUCUGUCCGUUAAUGCAAUGGUUCAAUCCUUUAAUAUUUAUCCACCAAAUUUUGCUGUUUAUCUAAUCGGCCAAACCUUACUUUCACAAGGUAAAACAAUCAAUACAAUGCAUAGUCGCGCAACAAAACUCGCAUCUUCUCAUAUGAUUUUCAUUUUCUUUAUUAUUUCAUUAAUUCUUAAACGAACACACCAAUUUUAA